CCUGACUUGCUUGUGAUUGUUGUUGAUAUUUGGAGCUCUUCAGUUUUUAAUGAUUUUAAUACGAAAUGUUAGUUUAAUAGUGUUUAGUGUGAAAGUUUCAUGGAGUGAAAAGACUGAACAUUGUGUUGAUUAUCAAGAUAUUAUUAUUACAAGUAAGUUUUACGUGUAUUGAUGAAUCAAAAUAGCGUCUUUGAGCUGGGAACUCAAUUGUUUGUGAUCAGGACAAGCUUAAUUCUGUUAUCAGAACUGUUUUCUGCAUUUGUGUGAGUGUUUCUAGCUUGUGUUGCCGCAAUUAUACCAACGGUUUCGGUGAAAAUUCCCCCAAUUUUUUCUGAACUGUAAAGAGGACUACUCCGUAACGUUGCCUGUGAUCCUUCGAUUUUUUCAUUGAGCAGUCUAUCUAUAAGAUCCUUCGAUUACUCUGUUGUUUGUAGCCGGCAGCCUCUACCUGCCUUAAUUGAAUCUAUUACCUGACUCAUAGAGAGCAUUGCUUAUCUGCUGAUAAGAGAUAUAAGGCAGUGGGUCAGAAAUUCCGAGAUUGCGACUAUUUCUAUUACUAUUAUUAUUCCUAAUUUGUCAAACUUUACGCAAACAGUUCAAUCACAGUCGAUCAGGCUAGAGUUGAAUAAAAAUUUAUUCUCAUCGUGUAUUCAUCGAUAACAUAAUCUACUCGUAUAAUGGCCCUGAAUAUUAAUAAUGUAACAGAGAUUCUCGAGAAAUUCAAAAGCGAAAUUAUCGCAAAUACUAAGGAAGUUAUAAAAAAGGAAAUAAGUGAGUUGAAUUUUAAAACAAUCAUCGCAGAACAGAAUAAUAAAAUUGAAGAACUAAGAACGCAGAAUGAAAGAUUGAAAAGUGAUCUUCAGAAACAGUAUUAUUUGAUUAACAACAUGAAAAGAGAAAACAAUUUGAUUUUCUAUGGGGUUAAUGAGUCUGAUAAUGAAGAUGGAGGACACGUCAUGGGAAAGAUAAUGGACAUAUGCAAUGAAGUGAUGAAAGUGGAACUUAAAGAAAGUGAGAUAAACUUUGUUCGAAGAUUGGGAAGAAAAUCAGAUACUAAAACACGGCCAAUUAUCCUUUCGUUAGUCUCGAUGAGUAAGAAAACAAGUAUCCUGAAAAACUGUGGCAAGCUGAAAAAUUCCAAGAUCUUUGUUAAUGUAGACCUAGAUAAGGAAUCGAGAGAGAAGCAUAGAGAGCUGAGUGAUAUCCGAAAAAGACUUAGUAACACACAUAGUGUUAAGAUGGCAAAGAAUGGGUUGGAGGUAGAUGGAAAAUUUAUGAGCUAUGAUAGCUUGAGAGCUGAGCACAGUAUGGAAGCGGGGGAAAAUCGUCAAUGGCAGGAAAACAGAAAAAAGAGAAAAGGAGAAACUCUUCAGAGGCAGACCCGGAAAAACAGCUCCAGUCAACCAAUCAACAAUUCUGAUAUUACAACUUUUUUUCGUCCCUCAGGGAGUGGAGAGAUUAAAAAAUCUGACCAAUAAUUGCUUGAAACAUCAACAUCCAAUAGUGAGU